AUGAAUUUAUUACAUUCCUUACUAUUAUUAUUUUCUUUGAUAUUAUCGGUAUCAACACUGGUUAAUCGAAGAGAAACUACAUAUUCAAGAAGUGAUACUAAUGAAUCAUUAGCUGCAAAUCCACAUAGAAGAGAUCAUAGGCAUCACUAUAGACAAGAUUCUCGAAAUUAUGACCUUUAUCCUGAACAUCAUCAUCACCAAACUUAUCCUCAUCCGCAUCAGCAUCAUCGACACAGUGGAAGAGAAGAGAUAAAUCCUCAAAGAAGAUAUGACAACCAACAUAUACGUCAUCAUAACCAUUAUCAUGAACAUCAUGGAUCUUCUCAAUAUGAUCAGAAUCCAACAGUUCAACAAGAAAAAUUACAAUAUCAAGAAAGAACAAGAGAACACUACUCAACAUUAACAACUCCUAAGGAUCAAGUUCAUAAGGAACCUGUGAGUGACGACUAUAAAUUAGAAUAUACAGGAACUCAUUCAACACAAUCUUCCGCUUCAACACAGUCAUCUACUUCAACAACUAAGACUGUUAAAGAGAAAGAAACAGAGACUGUGAAACCACAUAAAGUCGCUUCAACAAACACAAACCAGCCACACAGUCAAAAUUCGGAUGUAGAUUCUUCUAAAGAAAAAACUGAUGAUAAUUCAGAUGUACAUAAAGUUAUACCAUCCGAAGAUCAUCAGCAUCAUCAUCAUCACCAUCAUCAUGAUCAUGAACAUAAAGAUCACGACAACAGUGAUAAGAAGAAGAGCAGUACAGUAAAGCCUACUGACAAAAAUACUGACGAACUCCAUGAGAAUGCAGAAACGAAAAACGAAGAAAAACACGCUACACAAGCUACACCCAUUGCAGCAGCAAGUAAAACGGUUGGAGGUCACUAUUCAAAAACAGAGAGCAAAGAAUCUAAAUAUCAACACGCUGAAUCACCUACAUCAGAUUCAGUUAGCCAAUCAUAUCACGCAUCACAAACAAAAUUAUCAGUAUCCCCAGCAUCAGCAUCGACAAUGUCGUCAUCUCCACAUAGAAGACCACUUAAUAAACCAGUGGAAACUUAUACAGAUAGCAAAGACCAUCUGCAUUCAUCUCAUAUUGAAGCAUACCAAGUGCUACAACAACAACAACAAAAACAAAAAUAUCAGGAAAAACCGCAGAAAUCAUUGAAAACUGAACACUAUAGUAGUCCAUAUAAACAAAAAGAACCAGUGGUCAGUUCAAGUCAACACUAUACAAAAUCAAAUGCUCACAGUCAAUCAAAUAAUGGCGGUAAUAAAAAAGGUAUAAUUGAAGAUGAUAAUAAGCAUUAUCACUAUCACUACGAGAAGAGUAAAUCUGAUUACUCUGAUAACAAAAAAAGUGAAAGUGCCUAUAAAAAGUCAUCAUCCGCUGAAAAUAAGGCAACGUCACCAUCCAUAACAUUUGUUUCUGGAAAGGAAAAUAAAUAUAGUUCAUCUAAAUAUAAACAGGAUAAAACACCGAAAACUACAAUAAUUACUGAUGAAACAUUAAAAAAGAUUAAAGAGGAAAUAGAAAAGAAAAUACGUAGUGAUUUAGAGAAAAUGACUCGACAAGUUAAAGAAUCUGAUAAAUCGGAAUAUGGUGAAAAGGAAAAGUCAUCCUAUUCACAACCUUCUCGUUCAAAUUAUGAAGAAGAACGAGAAGAAAAAGAAAAUGGUAGACAGAAUUAUGAUGAACCUAGAAGAGAAGAAGAAUUCAGUAGGUUUCAUGGACGAGACCAUGAAAGAAAACCACGACGUCCUAGAAAUCAGUACGAACGGGAUUCUGAUCACGAUCGACACGACGAAAGAAAUAGACGUUACGAACCUGAAGAAGAUGAAUUCCGAUCGGAUAGACAUGAACCACGAUAUUCACCGACAGACAGAGAUAUCCCACCAUAUCGUCGUCAUUCUCAUCACCAGCCUAAUCCACCACAUCAUCCAUUUCCACGACAACAUUAUCCACAUCCUCCUCAUGAAGAUGAAAGACCAAGUCGUGAAAGGGAUCAUGUAUAUCGUAUUCAUGGAGAAGAGUCUUCAGAUCAUUCACCUGAUGAAAAAAAUAAUGAUGAAACUGCACAGCAACCAGAAAAACGAAAUAAUUACAAACAGAGACCAAGAAGCAUAGUUCAAGGUGUAUCAUUUACGGAAAACGCUACAGCCCUACCAGCCCCACCAGACAGCGAUAAAUAUACGACAAAAAUUUUGGAGUCCAUUUCCAUUCCAGUGAUUCUUGACGUAGAUGACGCAUUAACCAAUGAAUGUCCUAUAUUUUCUUGUACAACAAAUUGUACAGGUAACUUAUACAAGCUUGAUACCACCACAGGUUGUCCGAGAUGCGAAUGCUGCUCACAGGCUGUAUGCCAAAAACAAUGCGAUAACGGCUAUGAUGCUGAUCAAGAUGGUUGUCCUACGUGUCAGUGUCUGGGAUCUUACAGUUAA